GCGGGGCGAAGGGAAGCCCCGCCCCGGAGGCGGGGCUUCGGGUCUCUUCUCCACAGGUUUCCGAGCGGCGAGGUCCUGGAGGCUUUAGUUUAGGAAGGCGUUGUGAAAAAAUCCCCCAAGCUUGCUCAGCAGAUCUGAAAUGAGCAUUUAUUAAAGUCCGCUUUCUCCCAGAAGGGUCAUAUUCUUCGGAUCCCCAGCAUGUGACUGGAAGCCCAGACUGAACCUUCGUUCCCGUGCAGCCGGAAGGAUUCCCGCGGGGACUUCGGCGCUCUGCCCAUCAGGACCGCAUUUUCUUUGUGAUCUCUUUCCAGACUGUGUUUGUGUCUUGACGUUUGGAGUGGGAACCCCAAUAUCCCCCUCUCUUUCACAGAAGGAGCUCGUUGUGGAGAGCAAAACCUCCGGGAUUCAGCACUGGAGACACAAGGAGAAUUCAUUGAAGGAUGGUCUCCCACUCGGAGCUGAGAGAAAUUUUUUGCUCUGCUGAUGCCGUCUGUUUUGAUGUUGACAGUACGGUUAUUAGAGAAGAAGGAAUCGAUGAGCUGGCCAAGUUCUGCGGUGUUGGGGAUGCUGUGUCAGAAAUGACCCGCAGAGCUAUGGGUGGCGCGGUGACUUUCAAGGCAGCCUUAACAGAGCGGUUAGCACUGAUCCAGCCCUCCAGAGAGCAGGUGCAGAAGCUGCUCUCGGACCACCCUCCCCACCUCACGCCGGGGAUCAGGGAGCUGGUGAGCCGUUUACAGCAGCGAAACGUUCAGGUCUUCUUAAUAUCUGGUGGGUUCAGGAGCAUCGUAGAACAUGUCGCUUCCAAACUCAACAUUCCAGCCACCAAUGUCUUUGCCAAUAGAUUGAAGUUCUAUUUCAAUGGUGAGUACGCGGGUUUUGAUGAGAGCCAACUGACCUCUGAGUCGGGCGGGAAAGGCAAGGUGAUUGGACUCCUGAAGGAACGGUUCCAUUUUAAGAAAAUCGUCAUGAUUGGGGAUGGAGCCACCGACAUGGAAGCUUGUCCUCCAGCUGAUAUUUUCAUUGGCUUUGGAGGAAAUGUGAUUAGGCAACAAGUGAAAGAUAAUGCCAAGUGGUACAUCACUGACUUUGGAGAGCUUCUUCAAGAACUGGAAAAAUGAUGUCUAAUUUGAAAUAUAUGAAAUAUACAUACAUAUAUAUUUUAUUAGCACUUCCAGAUUAAUUAAAAAGAAUACUUAUACAGA